GAUCCGAAGCAGCGCUAAUAUCGAAAGAUUUCGUCUCUGUUCCCAGAGGAUGUCAUACCAUUACAGGAUUUUCUGUAGGCAUAACAUGCUAUUCAAGAGACCUUUCUCCGCUACCGCUCAAUACAGCGGGACUAUCCCUUCCGACUUCCACUUCAUCCCCGAUUUUUUUUCCGUGUUCGAACAAAGAACGCUCCUUUCGGCAGCGCUUUUGAGGUUAGAUGGUGCCGGGAGUAGGAGAUUCCAGAGAAAACGCAAAUCUUUCCUGAAUCCGCUGGGAUCAAAUUGUGAAGGCCCUCCUGCUGAAUUGUUUUUGCCUGAUGACUGCUAUGAAUUUCUUCAGGGUCACUACGAUGGUGUCAUUCGCAAUUUUCGAGAAAUGCAUCUGACGUCUUGGCCAACAAACGAAAUCCUUGGACUCCUGCCAGUCUUGAAUCGAUUGCAUUCUUUGAUCCCCUCCCAUAACAUCCAAACACAUCUUUUGCAUCUGGCAUCAGAUGGUGAAAUUUUUCCUCAUGUAGAUAAUGUAUCUGCCAGUGGAAGAUGGAUUCUAGGUGUUAGCCUUGGCUCAGAACGAAUUCUUCGGCUGGAAAGCUGCACGCAUCCUGACGAGGGGGCGGAAAUUCUUUUACCCUCCGGAAGUGUAUAUAUACAGAGCGACAAUGUGAGGUUUAAGUACAAACACUCUAUCUUGAAGAACAGCGCAUCUCUGAGUGGGAUCGGACAACGUAUGGGACAACGUAUUAGCAUCAUGAUUCGAGACCUCCACGACAAUCAUGAUGUAUCAUGAUGCUGGCUCGGUAGAUACCUACACCAACAAGGUAUUCAACAAUUGAAUUUUACUCGUCCUGGAUUUGAGGUCGGAGUUCCAAUACCUACAUCAUACUACACUCCUUUACGGUUAUUUAAAAGUCAUCACGAAUGCAACAAGUCGGGUUUGAUUGCCUUAGUUUAGCGUUCUGCCAGAAUGUUGGAAGGAAGGCAAAAAAAGAAGGUCACGACAUGUGGCUUCAGUAUAUGAUACAUAUUGGGGUUGAAAGAG